AUGUCCCCCUUUGCAACAGAACCAGAACUCAACCCUGAUGGACCUUGUCCAAGUCCUUCGACUCCAACCUCCCCUGCAUAUAAAUACACAUGUCCGUACUCCAAGCACAAGGAGGGCAGGAAUUUAGUAGUCUGUAUUGAUGGGUCAUCGAAUCGUUUUGGACUGAGGAACACCAAUGUCGUCGAACUAUACAGCCAACUCGUGAAAUCUGAAUCCCAACUCACUUAUUACAACAGCGGUAUAGGCACGCAGGCACGGCCGACAUGGCGUUCUCUUACAUAUGUCCAUUAUUGGCUAAGCAGCAAGGUGGACUUGCUUAUUGCUUGGAAUCUCGAAAAAGUGAUACUGGCGGCGUAUAGAUGGAUAUCAGAAAAUUACCAGGACGGGGAUAGGAUCUACCUUUUCGGCUUCUCUAGGGGCGCUUACCAAGCUCGAGCAAUUGCUGGAAUGAUUCACCGCGUCGGCUUGAUUCUCCCCGGCAACAACGAGCAAAUACCAUUCGCUUUCGAGCUAUACUCUAAAAUAGAGGAAAAGGUGCCAAAGGCGGGAGCAUCUCAGGGAAAACAUGUUAUGGCAAACGAGCUUGCAAAGACGUUCAAGAGCACAUUCUGCAGGUCGCACGUCCACAUCCAUUUCAUCGGCGUAUGGGACACCGUUUCUUCGGUCGGCGUUGUGAGGGGAAAGACGCUGCCUUCGACCACUAACCGUGACCAUCAUAUGUGCUAUUUCAGACACGGUCUUGCUUUGGAUGAGCGGCGAGUCAAAUUCCUCCCAGAGUACAUUCAUGGUGCAAAUACGGAAGGUUCCCAUUCUGAUCGCAUCAAGGAGGUCUGGUUUGCGGGUAGUCACUCGGACGUGUACCUUCAGUCAGGUGACAUUCCACUGCUGUGGAUGCGAAAGGAGGCUGUCGAGGCGGGCCUGAGGGUGAAGCCCACGGAAGUCGUCUGGAAAAUGGACGAUUUGCAGAAGAGGACGUUCGAAUCACUCCGGAGAACGUGGUGGUUGCUCGAAUUUGCUCCUGUCAAGCGGGUUAUAUAUGGCACUCAAGACCGUUACACAUUCAAGCUCCAUCGUGGCGCGCCUCGGGAGAUCCUUCCGGGACAGAAGAUUCACGCUUCUGUCCUUUUCAAGGGGAACUACCGAGCUAAGGCCAAAUUCUGGAAGGAUUUCGACGUCUGGCCAGAAUUGAUGUACUGGAAUGAUCCAGUCAGCCACGAACGACUUUCGAAACUCGGUCCACUGUGGGAGAAGGAUAUAUUUGAUGCAUCAACCGUUGACUCACAUUUGAAAUAUAUUCAAUUACAUGGAGUGGAGUGUUCCGACGCGGUUGACAGAUUAGCGUUCAUGGCUUCAUUUAGUGAGCAUUUCCCCUUAAUACCGCUUACGUCCCUCUGA